CCGACGACGGUCAUAACAAAAUAAUUCGCUGGAUUUUGUGAAAAUUUUGUGAUUAAAAUUUUACUUUAGAUAGAAAAUUUCGUUUUUGUUGUUCGAAAAUCGUAAAAUCAACUAAGCUGCCUGCAUUUUCGAAAUGGGAAGCAUAGAAGAAGCGUGUAUUACCGGUUUUCUGUGUAGAUUGUGCUCUCAAAUUCACCGAUCAGUAAUUUUUAUUUAUGGUGCCGAAGGAGACAGACAUAAAUUGGAACAGAAGAUCAACAACUAUCUUCCCGUGAAGAUCGCCCCGUCGGAUCCACUUCCGAAAACCGUAUGCGAAGGAUGUAUGAAUAAGGUCAUUCAACACCAUGGAAUGAUAAGAAAAAUCGCCGAAACACAGAAAAAGUUUAAAAAGCUGCGAGAAGAGGAAAUGCUGCUUCGGCAGCAAUUGAACAGGCACAACCAGAGCGCCAAUCAACAAACAAACCAAAACAGUACGUCCUCUAGCGCGAGUGGAAGUAGCAGCCGUAGCACCGGUAAUAGCUCUACUGCAUCGCAUCUAUCAACAUCGACCGCACCAGUCUCAGGUCGAACAGUCAGCACUAGUACAACGGGAACGCCCUCAGUCAUUACCCCUAAUUUGAACCGCAGGAUAACUCGACAGGCACUUCGAAUCCACCAGCAGCUCAAUAAUGACAUUAAUAACUACAUCGAAACCAUGGACAGCAGUUCACCCUCAUCGGAAGAUGACAGCGACAGUGACAGCGGUGAUGGCAAUUAAACGCAUCCAACAACAAAAUUACUAUAUUUAUUUUGGUAUGUCCUAACAACACCGCACGAUCACAGUAUCACACUACUGUCAUCGGGCGCAAAGACAUUGGCACAUGACGAUUUUAGAGAGUAGGAAGGCUGUAUUACUUUUCGGUAUAAUGAUAAAUGAAUCCACUGAGCUCCAACUUCCCCUCUUUUUCGUUUGAAUAGAUUGGAUAGACGGACUGCAAGCUAUCGUGGUAUAUUGCGAUUAAUGUACUCUUAAUUGAACUAAAGUGUAAUAAUAAAGUAUGAAUAGUGUAACAUCUGAA